AUGGCUGCCGCCUUGCAAAAAGGCAUGCAAGAAGCGGAUGCUUUAGCGGCGCAGUUUCAGGCGGACCAGGCUGAUGUUGGGGAGUUGUACUCCACGGGCUCUCAGCGCGUCAAUUCUAACAGUGUCUUCAAUGAUAUCAUGCUAACGAAUGUGCAGCGGCUGUUCCUAGACGGUUCUUUGGAAGGAAACGGUCGGACCCUUUCCAGCGACGAGCGCACUGCAAUCAAAAACAAGGAGUGGAAGCUCUGGACGGACAAGCAAGGCAACUACAUCGUUCCAUUCUACUUCGACCCGAAAUUCCCACAAUCUGCUCGCGAACGCGUUCGUAAAGCAAUUCAGGACUUUACCGACUGGACCUGCAUUCGUUUCACAGAGACAAGACUCUCCGACCGAUCCUAUGAUCAUCGAAUCCGAGUUUCAGACACCGGAAAGGGUUGUUUCUCCUAUGUCGGCUUGGUAGAUUCGGUGUCCUCCCAGGACCUCUCGCUCGACGUGGUCCAGUGCACUGACGAAGUCUGGGAAAUUCAACACGAGUUUAUGCACGCUUUAGGAUUCUGGCACGAACAGCAACGAGGAGAUCGUGAUGAUUACGUCUAUGUCGACCGUGGAAACUGCCUUCAGAGCCAUUUUGCAUUUUCCGUAAAUUACGGUAAACUUGGUCCAAAUCAUCCAUUCAUCGACGACGAGUGGCUGGACCUCGGAGACUCUUACGAUUAUAACUCGGUGAUGCAAUACGAUGGAAACUUUUGCCAGAUCACAUCCCAGCCAGUAAUCUCCUACGCCAACGAUAGGAAGAAAGCUGUUGUGCCAAACGCGAAACGACUUUCCUCCUUGGACGUGAUUCAAAUCAACAAAAAGUACCAGUGCCAUCGAAUUGACAAGAAAUACCUCAAUCUCGGAAUGUGUGGCCCAGGAGCCUCUGCUCACAAGAAAUAUUUCAUUCAAGGUCACAAAUGCGAUGGAAUCAAAGACUGCGAAGAUGGCAAAGAUGAGAGGGAUUGUAUCCGACAAGAUGCAGAUUACAAUUUGUAA